AUGGCGCCACAGCUAGGCAUUCAGCCAUCGCUUGACACCGUUCGAGAAGUAUUGGCCACAUCGAUCAAAUCUCCCAAUCCACCGAACCUGGUGCCCGUGUACUCCUCGAUUCCCGCCGAGUUUCUCACGCCGUCGAGUAUAUAUCUGAAGGUCUCCGCAAAAUCAAAGUCGAGGCUGUCGUUUCUUUUCGAGAGCGCCGCAACUACCGAGACCAUAGGACGGUACAGCUUUGUUGGGGCAGGUCGGUACUUGGGAGCAAAUGUUUCAGACACGGCAGCUAACAACAAGCCUUUAGACCCUCGAAAAGUUAUCAAGACAGGCCCCGGCCAUGGCGAAGAGACCGAUCCACUGCCUCUGCUUGAAGAGGAGCUCGCAAAGAGCCGUGUCGCGACUGUCCCCUCAAUACAACUACCUCCCCUGACCGGUGGCGCUGUGGGAUACGUUGGAUAUGACUGCGUCAAAUACUUUGAACCCAAGACAAGACGAGAUGACAUGAAAGACGUGCUGGGCGUACCCGAGAGCCUCUUUAUGCUCUUUGAUACAGUGGUUGCAUUGGAUCAUUUCGCGCAGGUUGUCAAGGUGAUAACAUACGUCAAGGUUCCAGAUAGCCUCGACAAUCUCGAGGCGGCGUACGAAGAAGCCAGGAGCACACUGCAAAGAUAUGUGACAAUACUGAAGGACAAGGAUAUUCCGUUGCCAGAGCAAGGGCCGAUCAAGUUGGGCAACGAGUACACGUCGAACAUUGGACGAGAGGGAUAUGAAAACCACGUCAAGGAGCUCAAAAAGCACAUUAGCGUUGGCGACAUCAUCCAGGCGGUGCCGUCGCAACGAUUUGCAAGACCGACCUCAUUGCACCCGUUCAAUGUGUACCGGAAUCUGCGAAGCGUUAACCCAUCGCCAUAUCUAUUUUUUGUCGAUUGUGACAAAUUCCAGAUUGUGGGCGCCAGUCCCGAGCUGCUGGUCAAGGAGGAGCAGGGUCGCAUCAUCACGCACCCGAUUGCCGGGACUGUCAAGCGGGGCAAGACACUGCAGGAAGAUGCAGCACUUGCGGAAGAGCUCUCUCAAUCACUCAAGGACCGAGCAGAACAUGUCAUGUUGGUGGACUUGGCUCGCAAUGACGUCAAUCGUGUGUGCGACCCACUUACCACUCGGGUGGACAAGUUGAUGGUGGUGCAAAAGUUUUCGCACGUGCAGCACCUGGUGUCGGAAGUAUCUGGCGUACUGCGACCUGGCAAGACGCGAUUCGACGCGUUCCGCUCGAUAUUUCCCGCUGGAACGGUGAGCGGAGCGCCCAAGGUUCGCGCCAUGGAACUCAUCGCCGAGCUGGAGAGGGAAAAACGCGGUGUGUACGCCGGCGCAGUGGGCUACUUUGGCUAUGGCAGCGUUGAUGGCGAGAGAGAGAUUGAAGGGGCCAUGGACACAUGCAUUGCGCUAAGAACGAUGCUGGUCAAGGACGGCAUCGCCUAUCUCCAAGCAGGGGGAGGCAUAGUGUUUGAUUCGGACCCGUAUGAUGAGUGGAUGGAGACUAUCAACAAGUUAGGUGAGUUUAUCAAUGGCAGCUAA